CUAACUCAUUGGGGUCAGGAGACCUUACUGAUGCCUAAUGGCUUGCUGUUUCAGGCAAGAACUAAAAUGGCUCCUAUGCAUGACUUUUCCCUAAAAUUCCAAGUCCAAAGCAAACCCCUCUCCCUCUCUUUCUCUCUAUCAAAAACCCUCUAGGAUUUUGAACCUUUGUGACCCCCAAAACCCUUCUAAAGGUCAAGGAGUAGAGAUGAUGAAGAAUUAGGUAGUCCUUGUGAUGAGUGAUGACAGCAUGGAAAUCGGGCUUCAAAAGUCAGAUAAGUUGGACUUGAACUUAGAUCAGGACUGUCGUAGUCUGAAUUUUGCACUGGUCAAUUCAUCCCAGUUCAGUAACUCAUCGAAAGAUGGUGUUAAUAUAGGUGGGGUACUAAAAAUUGGCACAGAGUUUGAAUCGGAUGAACAUGCUUAUAGAUUUUACAACAAGUAUGCCAAAACAGUAGGCUUCAGUGUUCGAAAAGAUUGGGUGAAUAGGAGUAAGGUGCAUGGUCUUGUGGUAUCUAGAAAGUUUACUUGCUCUAAGGAAGGUUACCGGCGGAAAGACAAGAGAGAUCUUAAUGUGAAGAAACAUCGGAAAGAAACAAGAACUGGUUGCUUGGCUCACAUGAUUGUCACUCGCCAGCCUGAUGCCAAAUACAGAGUGACCCAUUUUGAGGCAGAGCAUAAUCAUGAUAACAUAGACCCAAAUAAUGCUGAAUCACAACUAUUAUGGAGGGAAAUACAUGUUGAUCAAGCUGCCGAAGGUGACUUGCCUAGUAAUUCAGGUACAGAAUCAAGUUCAACCUUUGAACUGGUGAACAGACAAUGAAGUUUGGAAUCUCUUGAUCAACUGGCCAUGGAUUUUGACAAUUCCCUGCGGUCUCAAAGGAUUAGAGAUAUGAAGGAGGGGGAGGCAGGACGUUUGCUGCGUUAUUUCCAGAGGCAGCACAUUGAAAAUCCAUCAUUCAUUCAUAGCAUUCAGGUUGAUAUUGAUGACAAAGUAAGUAACAUAUUCUGGGCUGAUGAUAAAAUGGUAGUGGACUAUGAUCAUUUUGGUGAUGUGGUUUGUUUGGACACAAGUUACCGAAUGAAUAAAGAUCUUCAGCCAUUUGUACAGUUCAUAGGAGUGAACCACCACAAUCAAGCAAUAAUUUUUGCUGCUGCACUUUUAUUUGAUGACACUGUUGAAUCACUUAAGUGGUUGUUUAAUACAUUUCUAGAGGCAAUGUCUGGAAAGAAGCCAAAAGUCAUUCUUACAGAUCAAGAUGCAGCAAUAGUUGAAGCAAUCAAUUCAAUUUUACCUGAAACAAGCCAUCGUAUCUGUGUUUGGCAGAUGUACCAAAAUGCUCUUAAGCAUCUUAGCCUUGUAGUGAAGGAUAUGGAAUCCUUUUCUAAUGACUUUCGAAGUUGUAUUUAUGACUACAAUAAUGAGGAGGCUUUUGUUCACGCUUGGGAGGGUCUGCUGGACAAAUAUGGUCUUCAACAAAAUGACCGGCUAAGAUGGAUGUUUAGAGAAAGAGAGAAAUGGUCCAUAGCAUAUGGCAGGAACACAUUUUUUCUUGACAUGAAAGGCUCGCAUGUGGCUGAAGAUUUAUCUAAUAACUUGAGAAGUUACCUAAACUCUGACCAAGAUGCUCUUCAGAUUUACAAAAUUUUUGAAAGGGUGGCAGACGAGCAACGCUUCAAAGAAACACAUGCUAAUGAUGAAAUGACUAGAUCCAUGCCAAGAUUACUGGGGAAUGUAGCUUUGCUAAAGCAUGCAAGUGGUAUUUAUACGCCAAAGGCUUUUGAAUUAUUUCAGAAGGAAUAUGAGAAGUGUUUAAAUGUUGUAGUUACCCAGUGCAAUGAGAAAGGAUUUUUGCUUGAAUAUAAAGUCAGUACAUUUGGACAGACUCAAGAAUAUACAGUCAUAUUCAAUUCAGCAGAUGACACAGUUGUUUGCAAUUGCAUGAAAUUUGAGAAUGUUGGGUAUUUAUGUGGCCAUGCUUUGAAAGUUCUUGAUAACUGGAACAUAAAGGUGGUCCCGUCCCGAUAUAUCUUGAAGAGAUGGACAAAAGAUACAAGGCUCGGAAGAGUAAGAGAUAGCGGUGAGUUCACUGCUAAAGAGAACCUGAAGUUGGCUGUAGCUAGCCGUUACAAAGAUUUGUGCCGCAACAUAAUCAAAAUAUCAGCCAGAGCAGCUGAAUCAGAGGAUGCGUUUCAGUUUGCAUUAAGACAACUAGAUGAGCUAAUUGAAGGUGUAGAGAAGAUCUUGAUGCUGAAAGCUGAGGAGGGUCAAGGCAUCACCUCUAGUAGCACAGUGGUGAAUGGUUUUGAAAGUGAAAAUGCUGAGUUUUUCUUGGAUGAGGAAGAAAUUGAGGAUCAAGGCGAAGACAACAGAGUGGACGGAACCAAAGAAAAGGAGAGUGCUGCUCCUGAUAGACAUCAACUGAAGAAUAUAAAUGAAAAGAGCUGUAAGAAAAAAAGAUUUCAGCUUCGACAAACACCUUCACCAAAUACUAGCAGCUGCAUUUCAAGUCCUCCACAAGCACGUGUUAUGACUGAAGGCCAAUCUCACAAUCCUCUUCUGCAGGGUUUGUAUAAUUUUGAGGCUAAUCAGGUGGUUCAGUGCAUGUACCAGCAGCAGAAUCCAGUAAUGGACCAUGAAGAUAAUCCUAACAUGUACCAACAAUCAGUUUUUUAUGCUGACCAGCAUGUCUCACCUACUCAAAUUCCAUUACUCCAGGAACCCUUAAUCCGGAGCGCCUACCACGAGUCCCUCACUAACAAUGCUCUAUUUAGGCAGGCAAUGGAUCUCGAUCUCCAACAUCCUCAAUCAUCUUCAAUCUUACUAUAUGAUCAUAGAUUCAGAACUUUUGACACUUCUUAUCUUGGACUCAAGUAAACAUGAAGAAUGUCAUAUCAUUCUUCUCCCAUGUUUUGUAUCUAUGUCUGUAUAGCCUCAAAUGCUUCAGUUGUUUCAACAAAUAAUAAGUUGGAUUACAAUUA